UGGGGCGCUGCUGGACCAGAGCAGUCUUUUCUUGGCGGAUCUCGUUCAUCCUACAUGCGACCUGGAUGGAAAGGUACGGGUUCCACUGGUCAAGCUGGUACAAGUGGAUCAUACGGAGCAGGAGCGGGUAGCUUUGCUGCUGGUAGGUUUGCCCAAAGCGGGUUGGUUGGAAGUGCCGGACAAGGGCAACCGAGUGCUACUGGCCACAGUGCGUUCACUGGGUUUGGUGGAGCUAGCGGUCAAGGGCCAGCUGGGGCAGCUGAAGUAGUUGGUGGUCAAGGACAAACAGGUGGAGCUGGCAGUAGUGGAACGGCGGCAAGUGGUAAAGAAAAUCGUUGUCCUGGCGAAGGAGCUUCAACUGUUGUCUUUUUGAGUGGCACUUACAUCUUAAGUAACAAUGAUCCAAAACUGCAACAUAGAUGA